AUGCCCCCUCGAAGAACACGCAAAGCUGCCGCCGCCGAAGCAGCGCCGAAAUCACCAUCACCCGAACCCGAAGCGGUCGAGGAGCCCCCAGCCAAGAGGGCCAAAAAGAUGACAACAGUGACAGUCGCCGAAGAAGCCGGGGAAGAGGCACAUGUGGAGACGGAGGGUGUGCAGGAUAAUUCUCCUGAUACGAUGCCGGUAGAAGAUGAAGCCAAGGACACUCCAAAGGCUGGUGACGAAGAAGAAACGGAGGAAUGGGAUCCUUCAGAGGAGCGUUUGCCCGGAGAGACGGGCAAGAAGGGUAAGGGCGAGGAGAAGGCGCAGGAUGAGCCAUCAGCUGGGGAGGAUCAGGCGGAAGGGGGAGAUACUAAGGGGUGGCAAGCUGUUUGGGCUCCAGAGCAGAAUGCGUACUACUUUUGGAACUCGAACUCUGGCGAAGUGACUUGGACAAACCCACUUGCCCCUCCGCCUCUCCCACAAGAUGCUUCUCAGCCACCUCUUCCCAAUGAACCCCCCCCUCUACCUGCUGGUCCUGCCCCGACAGAAUCUGCCCCAGUGUCUGCCGCUCCCGACGUCGACCCGCAUAAUCAAUUCGGGCAGCUGCCAGAAAUCGACCCCGCUCUCGCCCUCCUCCUUCCUCCCUCUCAGCGUGGCAAUUCCGGUGCACCGGGCGGGGCUGAUGCCCACUUGGUACAACAGGCCACAUUCAACGCCCGUACAGGCCGCUUCACGCCACUGGACUAUCAGUACACUGUUGGGCAUUUGGAUGAGUACAAUAGGGCGAAACGGAUGAACAGUCACUACUUCGAUGUGGAGGCAUGGGAAAGACAGAAGGCUGAGGAAAGCGAGAGGAAAGCACGUGAAGAAGCCAACGGGGGUAGGAAAACGACGACUACGAGGAAAGAUAUGGAUCGUUACAGAAAGAAGGCGGCCGAGAAGAAACAGAGAAACCAGGCGUGGCUCAGAGAAUAG